UCGAAUAAUAAUAUGGAGUGGUCAAACGAAUCCGUGCUUGAAUUUUUAAGACUAUAUGAACAAGAAUCUGUUAUUUGGAAUGCAAAACAUUUAAAACACAGAGACCGAAAUGCAGUCUCCGAUGCGUGGUCAAAUAUACAAAAAUCUUUCAGCCUUCAAUGUACAAUACAAGAGCUAAAAAAGAAAAAGGAGUCACUCAUGUCUACCUAUCGACCACUGUUGAAUAAAGUCAAGGGUAGUAUGGGAACAGGGUCAAGUGCCGAAGACGUUUACAAACCAAAUUGGUUCGCUUAUGAAACAAUGGCGAAAUUUUUAUUUGGAUCAUGUCAGCCUAGGUCAACAAUAAGCACACAGGGCUUACAAGAGGACAUGUCAUCAUCUGCAGAUAUGUUUGAUAACUGUAGUGCCGAAGAAAAUGUGGAUAUCAGUACAAGUACUGUGGAAAGUUGUACACCACCCACUCGACAAAAUAAUAAAAAACGUAAACUUGUUUCUACUGAUGUCAUUGAAAAGCGUAUGGAAGAUGCCUACAAUAUUAUGAAAACUGUUUGUGAUAAUAAACCAAAAAAAAAUCGAUGCCAACUUUACGGGGAACUUCUUGGUGAAAAAUUAAGUGAAUUUGAUGAAAAAACACAAUAUUUUCUUAUGCACGAAAUGGAUACUUUAAUUUUGAAAACAAAAUUUCAAAUUGAAAAUCAGCUACCCACAACUUCUCAACCGAAUUACCAUUUGGAAAAUCUGCAACAAAAUGUUCCGACUGCUUCAUAUAACUCCUAUAAUUUUCCCACUUCUAUCAAUUCAGCAUCUUCGUACUAUUCCCAACCAUCUUCUUUUUCUUACGCUCAACAGUUCCAACAUCCUCAGAAUAUUUCACCGAUAUCUGGAAUGACUUCCGAUGAAUCUAAUACUGGUAAUACUCAACACGCAUAUCAGUAAUGUUAAGGUUUAUUUUUUUAUUUUCAAGUAUUUUAUUAUACCUACUCUUUAUUAAAGGUUAUAUUUUAUUUACAUAAUGAUUUAAGAUUUCUCUGUUUUUAGUUUUGUUAUAUUUAUUUGAAAUAAUAACAAAAAGCAAUUUAUUAAAUAUUAAGUUAUUCAAAGUUAGUAACAAGUCAAGUAAUAACUAAUAGUUUUAAUUUUUAUUUGGACAAUUAUAAUGAGGACAAGAUUUUUUUUAUUUAAUAGGUAUUUGAUAAUAUUUAUGAUUAUAAUUUUCUGAUUACAAUAUGUAUCGUAUAUUAUU